CCUAGUUGAUUAGGGAAAAAUUAGAUCUCUUGACUGUUAAGAGUGUCAGCAAAAACCCCACACAUGACGAUACCUAUAAGUUCCCCCCCCACCUUGGCCUCAUCACACCAGCCAGCUCUAUAGCUCACCUGGCAUUUUGGUUCCUAUCACCCCUCUUUUCUUUCGCAUUUCUUCCCCUUAAUCAAUAUUCUAAGUCAAAACAACCAACCACCAGAAAAUCGGACCAACAAAAAGGGCACACAAAGAAAGAGAAGAAUGGACCGCUCCAAAAAACCUUCCGCUAUCGGUGUCAGCGCCUCCCUCCCUCAACCCACCAUCUCCCUCCGCAACAAUACAGUCGAGGCCACCCUUCCCACAGGCGAAUCCGUCACAGUUCACCUCUAUGGCGCAACAGUCACAUCAUGGAAGCUGGCUAAUGGCGCGGAACAAUUGUUUCUAAGCCAGAGUGCUGCUCUGGACGGCUCGAAGCCGAUUCGGGGUGGAAUUCCUGUUGUUUUCCCGGUCUUUGGUCCCCCCCCAGCAAACCACUCGUCGUCCUCCCUCCCGCAACAUGGCUUCGCGCGCAACUCCCUCUGGGAGUUCCUGGGUAAAUCCUCCACCGAAUCCCUGGACAAGGAAGUCGAUGCGGUGAAGCUUGAUUUCGGGCUCUCCUCAUCGAUGCUUUCAGAAGAGUUCCGCUCGAAAUGGGGGUACGAGUUUGGCUUGGUUUAUAGCGUGUCGCUUUCUAGAAAGGGACUGGCGACUUCGCUCCAGGUGCAGAACAAGGGGGACAAGAAUUUCGAGUUUCAGGUGUUGCUGCAUACUUAUUUGGCUAUUCAGGAUAUAUCCCAAAUCACCAUCCAAAACCUCCAAGGUAAAGAGUACAUCGACAAAACUCAAAACGCCUCCGUGCAUACCGAGUCUGAGUCUUCACUCGCGAUCAGUAAAGAGACAGACCGCGUGUAUAAGUCGCUGGACCCUGCUGUGCCGAUCAUCGUGUCUUCGAGUGUAGAUGGACAGCCACUGUUCUCGAUUACGAGGGAAUCUCUGAGCGACGUUGUGGUCUGGAACCCAUGGAUCGAGAAGGCGAAGGGAAUGGGUGAUUUCAGUCCCGACGAGGCAUAUACGAAUAUGAUUUGCGUGGAGGCAGGAUCUGUGGCUUCGUGGCAGACCCUAGAGGCCGGCGAGUCGUGGGAGGGUGGACAGGUCAUUCGGCCGAGGUUGUAAUUUUUUUUUUUUCAAGUCCCUACCUCUUGAAGAGUGGAUCUUCAUGGCAUAUAUCUAUGAGAUAUUGUUUAGAAAUUACGACCUGGGACUUGGACUUGCCCACACCCCGCUCAAUCCAUGGAGCGGGAUAUUUGUUCCGCGUACCAACUGUCCGCUCUAUAGAAAAGGCUAGUUUACAGUACUUGCUCGAAUUGAAUUCUCUUGAAGACUAGGUAAGGAAGGCAUGAGAGCGGCAAAUCUAAAAUUACUUCUUCCCUCGUGGUGCAUGUCAAUCAAGUUUCAACCCUAAAAAUACAUAGCGGUCAAGCCAAGGGUGGGUGGCCUGCCUGGCCCAGGCGGCCAAGAACAGACAGAAUGUUUCUCAAAUCCUCACAACGGCCAAAUCAUUCAUCAUCCUCAGAUAGCACCCAGAUGCAAGGACAGACAGACAGACCUUUUAUCGGAACACCCAUCUCACCAGUCCAACUGCCUAGA